ACUAAUAGGAAAAAGAAAAAAAAAAAAUAUUCUACACGGCCAGAAGCAGUGCAGCCCAAGAAAGAUAAAGAAUCAUCUCUUUCUUUCUUUCAAUGCUCUCUCUUUACCUUUGUUUUCCCCUAUAAAUACCAAGAAAGCUUCACACCCUCUUUUCAUUGCAAAAGAUUUUAGGUUUAAAUUCUAGUAAGAGUGAGAGUCUUUAAAAAAAUAAUUAGAGGUGGCGAGUCUGAAUCCCAAUCUUGCAAAAAUGAGUCUUUCAGGAAGCAACGCCACCGCCGGCGGUGGAUUCUGGCACUGGAGCUCUCCUAUGCCUUACCUGUUCGGUGGGUUAGCGUUUAUGUUGGGGAUCAUUGCUAUUGCUUUAAUAAUUCUUGCUUGCUCCUAUAGGAAGUCUUCUUUGUCUAAUUCUAGUGAUAGAGUAGGUGAAGAGAAAUCAGUGAAGCAAGUGGAAUUAGAAAUGGUUGAUUUUGAGCCAAAGAUUGUUGUUAUCAUGGCUGGUGAUCACAAUCCUACAUAUUUGGCUAUGCCUAAGCCUGUGCAAGAACAAGUUGUUGGGUACUGCAAUUGCCAGAAUAAUCAAGAACAAGUUUAAUCUCAAGAAAGAAAGAGAUCUUUUGUUCUUUCUUUAUUUUCUUCUUCUUUUUCUUUAAUCAGUUUUGUUUUGAUCUUUUGUUAUCAAUUUUGGUUCUUGUUUGCGGGAAUAUGUGAAAUGAAGAGGAUAGAAGAUAGGAUGAAAUUUUUGUAGGAAUCAUAUUUGUAAAAUUUUGUACUAAUUAAAUCAAUUUUGCAUUUUGAUAAAUGUUAUCUGAGAUCUUGUUCUGUCUC